AUGGCUUUAAAGCUAGAUAUCUCAAAUGCAUAUGAUACGGUUGAAUGGGACUUCUUGAGAGCAGUAAUGGUUAAAUUGGGCUUUGGGGGAAGGUGGGUGGAUCUCAUUAUGGAGUGUGUACAAUCUGUUUCCUAUGCUAUACUGGUAAAUGGAAAGGCAAGUAAUUCUUUUGUCCCUUCUCGAGGCUUGAGGCAAGGAGACUCAUUAUCUCCCUAUCUCUUUCUUCUUUGUGUUGAGAGCUUGAGUUCUCUUAUUAAUCAGGCUGAAAGGCAAAAAGUUUUAAGAGGGGUUUUAGUGGCUAGAGGGGGGAUAAGGGUGACACAUUUGCUAUUUGCAUAUGACUGUGUUGUGUUUGGUCAAGCUUCUUGGCAGGAAUGGUUAAAGAUAAAGCAGUUACUUGAGAUCUAUGAGAAGGCAUCAGGACAAUGUUUAAAUAGGCAGAAAACAUCCUUGUUUUUUAGCACAAAUGUUAGGGAUGAUAUAAAGAGAAGGAUAAGGAAGGAUAUAGGGGCUGGAAUGCAAAACAAUUGUGAGAAAUAUUUAGGGUUGACGAUAAUGGUUGGAAAGUCCCAAUAUAAUACUUUCAGAGGAAUUAAGGAUAGGGUUUGGAAUAAAAUCAGCAACUGGAAGAACCUUUUCCUUUCCCCAGCUGGUAAAGAAGUUUUGCUGAAGGCUGUGAUACAGGCGAUACCCACAUAUCACAUGAAUGUUUUUAAGCUCUCGAUUAAACUUUAUAAAGAAAUUGCUGCCUUAAUGGACAAGUUCUGGUAG